UCACAUUAAAUGUACUUUCAUAAUAAUGAAUUACAACAAUUUUUAAUAAUAAGCUGCAUUUAACAAUAUUCUAUUGUUACUAUUGAGAAGCGAAAAUGGUGCGCUGCCUAAAAAGGUUCUUUUUGCGAGUGUGGAGUAAUAAGGAGAAGAAGAAAGGGAGAGAUGAUGAUGCUGAACCAAAUGCUCAGCAAGUUACAGAUUGUCCUACAAAGUUGGACGAAAAUUGUCUUGGAACAACGUGUCUCCAUUCAAAUAGAGAGGAUUCGUAGUUCCCAGACAAGUAUUCAAAGAGGAGAAAAUUUAUAGAAUUCUGCAGGAAUGCAUUCUAUAAAUUCUGUUGUUGUUGUCGUAUGUCGGGCGAGAUUUCCGAUUCACAGAACUGCGAAUUGGAAAAUAAUCUUGCGCAUUCUCAAAUUCGAUUGGAUUCAUCAAAAUAUGAUGAAAAAAUUCGUAAUGAAAAUUACGAGAUUAAAGAAAUAGGAAAGGGAAAUUUCGGUACAGUUUUUUUGGCUCGGUGUAAAAAUUCAGACGAAAAAGUGGCUUUGAAAGCCGUCAAGAUGAAGCGCUUUUGUCUCGCACAGAGGCGCGAGAUAAACAAAGAAAAAACUGCAUGGACGUCCGCAUCGAGCCAUCCCCAUAUUGUGACGUUAAUAAGUUAUUUCAAAAUGAAUACAAGUUUCUGUUUCGUCUCCGACUACGUGGACGGACAGGACUUGACAACUUACUUACAGUACAGAGAAUUCCUGGAGGAAGCCGAAGCCAAAAUAUUUGCUGCUCAAGUGGCUUCGGCCAUCGUGUUUAUUCAUAACAAAGGAAUAAUUCACAGGGACAUUAGCUCCAGCAACAUCAUGUUAGAUAAAACGAAAGGAGCACAGUUAAUCGAUUUCGGACUGUGCACAUAUGAACGAAAUCCCAAAGACUAUUGCGGGAGUUUGUUCUAUCUAUGCCCAGAAAUUCUUGAGAAGAAACCGUACGAUGCUUACUGCGAUUGGUGGGCGUUUGGAAUCAUAUUACACCAAAUGUUAAUUGGACAGACUCCAAUGGAUAUUUAUCUGAAAAAAAUUAACAAUAUUGGCAAUAUGGACUUGACAUCUCUUAUCGAGAUAGCCAAAAUGGCUCAAAAUGUUCCGUUGCAGUAUCCUAUGCGACUGUCGAUGAAUGCCGUAGACAUGAUCGAGGAUCUACUACAAAAGGAUCCGAACAAACGUCUUCAAGAAGGAGACAUCCAAAUACACAGAUUUUUUGAUGAUGUCCCUUGGCCUGAAUCAGUUCGCACUUGACUGAUUCAAUAUAUAAAUAUUCAAAAAAAUUAUUUUCAAAAUAAUAUUUAUUAUAUGAUUUUGUUAAUUAUAAUUAAUUAGACUUUAAUUGUAUUUUUAAAUGAUUUAACUAAUCGUUCCGAAUUAAACUUAAUU